AUGUCAAUGCCCGUCUUUGCCCGGAUCAGUGAUCAGGUUGCACUAUCCGCAAACUGUGAUGAGCUGGCUUCUUUGCGCGGCUUUAUCAAGACCAUGUCUGCGGAAUUUCCACUUGAAAGCUUCCGUUGCCAAUGCAAGCACAUUGGUGACAUUGUGAACGCUUGCAGCACCCCUCCUACUGACAUCACAUCGACCCUGGAUACUAUGAAGAAGGCAGGCACAGAGGCUUCUGCUUUGGUCUCUUUCCGGUGCCUACCCCAGGGAAAGAAGCUCAUGGCUCUGGCUGAGGAGUUUGCAUCCACCAAGACACACUUGGUUCAAUUUCUCAAGGGCAUGAAGGAUAUUUGCUUUGAAGCUGACACAUGCUUCGACAGCCUGGACGGGCUCAAUCAGGAAGCUGCAUGUGGGAAGCUUCAAGGCCUCACUUCAGGAAUGAAGAAGCUCUUGGCACAGUGUGAUCCAUCCAAAGAUGAAGGGUGUGCAGCUGCUGCGGACGAUGCUAGGAAGAAGCUCUCUCACCUUGCACUUCACCUAGUCAGCCACCAUUUGAAGCUGGAUGGGUUGCCGUGGCUGCAAGUCACGCAAGUCCAAACAACCGCUUUGAAGGCCACCAGGACUAUGUCGAAGCCACCAGCGUUUCCUGUGCUGAAGAUGAACUAUUUGCUGGAGUCCUCAUCAACUCAAAAGGUCUCCACCCUCAGUGAACUCGAGAAAUUCUAUGAUUGUCUUGGCGCUCUCGCAGUGCAAGUCGACUUGAACUUUCGCACUGUUCCAGGCUCUGCUACCUCGCAAGAGCUACGAUCCAUUGCAGUGGAGCUUUGUUCAAGCUAUACCACCUGGCUUCAUUCCAAGAAUGCACUUCUAGUGUCAAAUCCAUCCGCAUUUGGGGUCAUUCAAGCGUUUGAUGAAGAGGUGAAGCACCUCAUUACAUCGUCUUGCUUUAGGACAUGGGCUGAAGCAGUCGACCUACCGAUCCAGGUUGUGUCUAAGCUUGUUAGCACAGCCUGGAGAGUCGAUUCCAACGCACUACCUGAUGACAUGGUGCAAAAGGCCGAGGAUUGUAUUCCAAAUGCCCAGUUGCUUGCCACGGGGCUGGAGGAAGGAAAUGGGAGCGAGUCAGACAUCACCAAGUCAGUGAAGGGUGCCACAGACUUUCUCAGUAGAAUUGUCAAGUUCAGCAAGGUUGUGCAGUCUGAUGAUGCUGAUUCUCCACCAAGUGCAUCCGGUGUGAUCCAAUUGUUUGACCUUAUGAUGUCUCUCGGGCUUGCUUCCUCGUCUUUGGAGAAAGACAUCAAGCUCGACAAGACUGUGCUGAUGCAAAAGGCAGAAGAGCUAUACAAGGUGAUUUGGUCAGACGAAGUUCGGAAACAUUCCCAGGACAAUACCAUCGUUGAGGGGCAGAUGUUGGUGGAUUUCUUGGAAGGGUUGCACAUCACCAUGAACAAGACCUUCUCGUUUUUGGCUGAUCAGCAUUCACAGACCUUGGUGAACCUGCAGGGCGAGUUGCAGCACUUCAAGCACUUCCCAGAGACCAAGGAGGGCAACGAGGAAGCUUUUCUCAGUCAUUGGGGCACCGGUGACAGCUACAAAAAGUUCUCAAGUCUUCUUGAUCGAUUGGAAUCCAGCUUGUCCUCCCUCAAGGCAGAUUGCGAAGUCAUGAAAGUGCCUGUGGAACAGCUCGUGCCAUCUGUUCAACAGGCUGAAGCAGAGCGGAAACAGUGUUUGCUGGUGGUCACUGUUUAUGCUGCUCUCAAGAUCUUGUGGUCACAAGCUGCCAAAUGCAAGUCCGCGAGCCUCCGUCCCUCUGUGCAAAAGCUUCUGGAGUUUGCCAAAGCCAAAGCAGUUGAAGUGCCACCAUUUGUGAUCAAAGGGCUGCAGCAGUUGCUGGGCACACUUCAGGAUGCAGCCGCCCCAAGCGGAAAGAAGCGUAAGUCUCCAGAAUGUGGCGCAAACAAGUGA